CCCCCGCCGCUCGGCGCACUCCGCGUCGGGGCCUCCUGCUCCGCGCUCCCGCGAACCGCUCACUUGCCAGCCCUUCGCCCCCGGGAAGAAGAAACAUUUCCCCGGAGCGCACUCCUCAGCCCUCCCUCUCCCUCUCCUCUCCCCCCACCCGCCCCCCCAGCCCGGCCCUCCCCUCCCCCUGCCUCCUCUCUCGGGGGAGGGGGGCUGCCGCCCGGGAUUGCAGGCCAUUGAUUUGUAUGGUUUGGUCCCCGCGCCGGAGGCUGCCCCAGCCGCCCGCGCCGGAGCCGCCGCGGCCCGUGGAGUUGCCUCCCUGCUGCCCGAGGGUGGUGGUGCGGCUCCACCAAACAUGUCGGCUCCGGUCGGGCCCCGGGGCCGCCCGGCUCCCACCCCGGCGGCCGCGCAGCCGCCUCCUCCUCCUCCUCCUCCUCCGCAGCCCGAGAUGCCGGACCUCAGCCACCUCACGGAGGAGGAGAGGAAGAUCAUCCUGGCCGUCAUGGAUCGCCAGAAGAAAGAAGAGGAGAAGGAGCAGUCCGUGCUCAAGAUCAAAGAAGAGCACAAACCGCAGCCGACACAGUGGUUUCCCUUUAGUGGGAUCACUGAACUGGUAAAUAACGUUCUUCAGCCCCAGCAAAAACAACAAAAUGAAAAGGAGCCCCAGACAAAACUGCAUCAACAGUUUGAAAUGUACAAGGAACAAGUCAAGAAGAUGGGAGAAGAAUCGCAGCAGCAGCAAGAACAGAAGGGUGACGCCCCAACCUGUGGGAUCUGCCACAAGACGAAGUUUGCUGACGGAUGCGGCCAUAACUGUUCUUAUUGCCAAACGAAGUUCUGCGCUCGGUGUGGGGGUCGAGUGUCAUUACGCUCAAACAAGGAGGACAAAGUGGUUAUGUGGGUGUGUAAUUUGUGCCGAAAACAACAAGAGAUCCUCACUAAAUCAGGAGCGUGGUUUUAUAAUAGUGGGUCAACUCCAUCACAGCAGCCCGAUCAAAAGGUUCUUCGAGGGCUUCGAAAUGAGGAGGCACCUCAGGAGAAGAAAGCGAAACUCCACGAGCAGACCCAGUUCCAAGGACCCUCAGGUGACUUACCUGUCCCUGCAGUGGAGAAAGCUCGCUCUCAUGGCCUCACAAGACAGGAUUCUAUUAAAAACGGAUCCGGAGUGAGGCACCUGAUUGCCAGUGAUGUCCCUUCUGACAGGAAAAGAAGUCCAUCACUGUCCCGGGAUCAAAAUCGAAGAUACGACCAGAGUGAAGAGAGAGAGGAGUAUCCACAGUAUGUUCCUUCAGAUAGCACAAUGCCUAGAUCGCCAUCAGAUUAUGCUGAUAGACGAUCUCAACGGGAACCUCAGUUUUAUGAAGAACCUGACCAUUUAAAUUAUAGGGAUUCUAACAGGAGAGGCCGUAGACAUUCCAAAGAGUAUCUUGUAGACGACGAGGAUGUGGAGAGCAGAGAUGAAUAUGAAAGGCAGAGGAGGGAGGAGGAGUACCAGGCUCGCUACAGAAGCGAUCCGAAUUUGGCCCGGUAUCCGGUCAAGCCACAACCCUAUGAAGAACAAAUGCGGAUCCACGCUGAAGUGUCCCGAGCACGACACGAGAGAAGGCACAGUGAUGUGUCUUUGGCAAACGCUGAACUCGAAGAUUCCAGGAUUUCUCUGCUAAGGAUGGAUCGACCCUCAAGGCAGAGAUCUGUAUCUGAACGUAGAGCUGCGAUGGAGAGUCAACGCUCUUAUUCUAUGGAAAGAACUCGAGAGGCUCAGGGGCAAAGUUCUUAUCCACAAAGGACCACAAACCACAGUCCCCCAACCCCCCGGAGGAGCCCUAUCCCGGUCGAUAGACUGGACACCAGGCGAGCUGACUCCCCGCGGAAGCACCACCACUUAGAUCCCAGCUCUGCUGUCAGGAAAACCAAACGGGAGAAAAUGGAGACCAUGCUUAGAAACGAUUCUCUGAGCUCAGACCAGUCGGAGUCAGUGAGGCCCCCUCCGCCGCGGCCUCACAAAUCCAAGAAAGGAGGUAAAAUGCGCCAGGUUUCCCUGAGCAGCUCUGAGGAGGAGUUGGCGUCCACACCUGAGUACACGAGCUGUGACGAUGUUGAGAUUGAGAGCGAGAGUGUGAGCGAGAAAGGGGACAGUCAAAAGGGAAAAAGAAAAACUAGUGAGCAGGGAGUUUGGUCGGAUUCUAACACCAGGUCUGGGAGACAAAGGAAAAUGAUGUACUGUGGUGGCCACUCUUUGGAAGAGGAUUUGGAAUGGUCUGAGCCUCAGAUUAAGGACUCUGGGGUAGAUACCUGUAGUAGCACCACUCUUAACGAGGAGCAGAGCCAUGGUGAGAAGCACCCUGUGACCUGGCAGCCAUCCAAAGAUGGAGAUCGCCUGAUUGGUCGUAUUUUAUUAAAUAAGCGUUUGAAAGACGGGAGUGUGCCUCGAGAUACAGGAGCAAUGCUGGGUUUAAAGGUUGUAGGAGGAAAGAUGACUGAAUCAGGUCGGCUUUGUGCAUUCAUUACCAAAGUAAAAAAAGGAAGUUUAGCUGAUACUGUUGGACAUCUUAGACCAGGUGAUGAAGUACUAGAAUGGAAUGGGCGCCUAUUGCAAGGAGCCACAUUUGAGGAAGUUUACAACAUUAUUCUAGAAUCCAAACCUGAACCACAGGUUGAGCUUGUUGUAUCAAGGCCAAUUGGAGAUAUCCCUAGAAUACCCGAGAGCACACAUGCACAACUGGAAUCCAGUUCUAGCUCAUUUGAAUCUCAAAAAAUGGAUCGUCCUUCUAUAUCUGUUACCUCUCCCAUGAGUCCUGGGAUGCUGAGGGAUGUCCCGCAGUUCUUGUCUGGACAGCUUUCAAGCCAAAGCCUUAGUAGAAGAACAACGCCUUUUGUUCCUAGGGUUCAGAUAAAGCUAUGGUUUGACAAGGUUGGUCACCAGUUGAUAGUUACAAUCUUGGGAGCAAAGGAUCUCCCUUCCAGGGAAGACGGGAGGCCAAGGAAUCCUUACGUUAAAAUUUACUUUCUUCCAGACAGAAGUGAUAAAAACAAGAGAAGAACAAAAACAGUAAAGAAAACAUUGGAACCCAAAUGGAACCAGACCUUCAUUUACUCUCCUGUCCACCGAAGAGAAUUCCGGGAACGGAUGCUUGAAAUCACCCUUUGGGAUCAAGCUAGAGUUCGCGAAGAAGAGAGUGAAUUCCUAGGAGAGAUUUUAAUAGAAUUGGAAACAGCUCUGUUGGAUGAUGAACCACAUUGGUACAAACUGCAGACCCAUGACGUCUCUUCCUUGCCCCUCCCUCACCCCUCUCCAUAUUUGCCACGAAGACAGCUCCAUGGAGAGAGCCCAACACGCAGGUUACAAAAUAAAGCCUUAUGUUCAUGUAAUUCAGGGUCGAAGAGAGUGAGCGACAGUGAGGUCUCUGACUACGAUUGUGACGAUGGUGUUGGUGUAGUAUCAGAUUACCGGCACAAUGGUCGCGAUCUUCAAAGCUCCACCUUGUCAGUGCCAGAACAAGUAAUGUCCUCAAACCAUUGUUCACCAUCAGGGUCUCCACACCGGGUAGAUGCUAUAGGAAGGACUAGAUCAUGGUCACCAAGUGUCCCUCCUCCACAAAGCAGGAAUGUAGAACAGGGGCUUCGAGGGACACGUGCUCCUGGUCAUUACAAUACAAUUAGCCGAAUGGACAGACACCGUGUCACGGAUGACCAUUAUUCUCCAGAUAGAGACAGUCAUUUUCUUACUCUACCUCGCUCCAGAUACAGUCAGACCAUUGAGCAUCAUCACAGGGAUGGAAGGGAUUGUGAAGCAGCAGAUAGACAGCCAUAUCACAGAUCCAGAUCAACAGAACAGCGGCCUCUCCUAGAGCGGACCACCACCCGCUCCAGAUCCUCUGAACGUCCUGAUACAAACCUCAUGAGGUCGAUGCCUUCAUUAAUGACUGGAAGAUCUGCCCCUCCUUCACCUGCCUUAUCGAGGUCUCACCCUCGGACCGGGUCUGUCCAGACAAGCCCAUCAAGUACUCCUGUAGCAGGACGAAGGGGCCGGCAGCUGCCACAGCUCCCACCAAAGGGAACACUGGAGAGAAAAGAAGUGGAUUCCACAAGGAAAAGAUAUACAGGUGCUAUGGAUAUAGAGGAGAGAAAUCGCCAAAUGAAAAUUAACAAAUACAAACAGGUAGCCGGAUCAGAUCCCAGACUGGAACAAGAUUACCAUUCGAAGUAUCGAUCGGGAUGGGAUCCACAUAGAGGGGCAGACACUGUCUCCACUAAAUCCUCGGACAGUGAUGUAAGUGAUGUGUCUGCGCUUUCCAGGACUAGUAGUGCCUCUCGUUUCAGCAGUACGAGCCACAUGUCCGUCCAGUCAGAGCGGCCGCGGGGAGACCGGAGAAUCAGUGUGUUUCCAUCCAAAAUGCAAAGCAGACAGAUGGGCGUGUCAGGGAAGAACAUGACCAAAAGCACGAGCAUCAGUGGAGACAUGUGCUCCCUCGAGAAGAAUGAUGGCAGCCAGUCGGACACCGCAGUGGGCACCUUGGGUACCGGUGGCAAGAAGCGACGCUCUAGCAUUGGGGCCAAAAUGGUAGCUAUUGUUGGUCUCUCCCGGAAGAGUCGCAGUGCGUCUCAACUCAGCCAAACCGAAGCAGGAGGUAAAAAGCUACGGAGCACGGUCCAGAGAAGCACAGAAACCGGCCUGGCAGUGGAGAUGAGGAACUGGAUGACGCGGCAGGCCAGCCGGGAGUCCACGGACGGCAGCAUGAACAGCUACAGCUCGGAAGGAAACCUGAUUUUCCCUGGUGUCCGCCUGGCCUCCGACAGCCAGUUCAGCGAUUUCCUUGAUGGCCUGGGCCCUGCUCAGCUAGUGGGCCGCCAGACCCUGGCCACUCCUGCAAUGGGUGACAUCCAGGUGGGGAUGAUGGACAAAAAAGGACAGUUGGAGGUGGAAAUCAUUCGGGCUCGAGGCCUUGUUGUCAAACCAGGUUCCAAGACACUGCCAGCACCGUACGUCAAGGUGUAUCUGUUAGACAACGGAGUCUGCAUAGCCAAGAAGAAGACGAAGGUGGCGAGGAAGACCCUGGAGCCCCUGUAUCAGCAGCUCUUGUCCUUCGAGGAGAGCCCCCAGGGGAAGGUGUUACAGAUCAUUGUCUGGGGAGAUUAUGGCCGCAUGGACCACAAAUCCUUUAUGGGAGUGGCACAGAUACUUUUAGACGAACUAGAACUAUCCAAUAUGGUGAUUGGAUGGUUCAAACUCUUCCCGCCUUCCUCCCUAGUAGAUCCAACCUUGGCACCUCUGACAAGAAGAGCUUCCCAAUCGUCUCUGGAAAGUUCUACUGGACCUUCUUACUCUCGUUCAUAGCAACUAUAAAACUGUUGUCACAACAACCAGCGAUACAGAAACAGGAGAAAAUGCACAGGUCGAAACCCCUGGUAACACUGCAUGCUUGAUGUUGUGUCUUUGGAGCCCACGUCUAGGGAUACAAAGCGAUCCUGUGUUCUCAGAGGAAGUCGUACACAUUGUGCCCUAGCGAAGGCCCUCAGGUCGAAGAGCAGAGCUGUGAAGAACUGUCAGGUUUGGAGUUCAGUGACACUCAGUUCCGGUCCAAUCUGAAGCCAUGGAUUAAUCUCAAAGAAUCAGUCAGCCCUUUUCAAUGGCACCUUUAUAUUUUUAUCGUUUUUCUUCAUUUGUCUGACCCCAAAGCCUGUUAGGCCACAGAAAUGGAGCUCUACAGCCAUUAAGCCACACUACAGGCCAAGAAGCAAAGUCCUAGGAAGCGUCAGGUGAAAAGCAAGAGACCAAAGACGUGGUCAGGAGCAAAGUUGGCCACCGCUCCCAAGGGGGCUCCGGCAGGGAGACUGGUAGACUCUGGGAAGCCCCAGGAGGCAUGGCAUUCACUAAUGCCGAGAUGUGUUGGAUUCUGAAAUCAAAAUUCUGGGACUGCACUGUACUGAAUGAAAUUAAAGAAACUUUUUUUUGCAUGGACACAGAUUAGCUGAAUAUUUAAAUUAUUUUCUCGGGGCUGCAACUUGCAAAAAAAAUAAUAAUAAAAUAAAAUAAAAAUCAGCCAUUUUCAACAAUUUAUAUUAUUUUUAAAAGUAAAUUUCACUAGUGCAUGGUUUUAAAAUGGGAGAGAAUGCAACAGGGUGAUACAAAGACACACCAUGUUUAUUCUUUAAUCAUAGUCUGUGUUUUGGCAGACAUUACAAAUGAAAAUACUUUCUAGCAGAUACUUAAAAUCCUCUUUAUGUGACAAUAAGUAUAAUAUAUUCAAUUUAUUUCCAUGUUAAAUAUACAGAUCUUAUGAAGUUCACUAUGUGCAAAUUUUUCACAUCUUUCCUCUUCUCUAUCUCACUUUUCUUCCCACUUUGAACCUUUGUUUCCUUCUCUCUUCCUGAGUGAACCCCCAUACUAAAAUACUACAAAUCGUUCACCUGGCCCUCUGAUGCCCCAUAUUUGAUUCAGAGCACAGAUGCGUCUGAAUUUAUGGAUUUCUCAAAUCUGUCCGAGAGCUUUCUUUAUUUCAAGCAUGUUGAAAGGAUUUUGCAACAUGACUUGGGACAUAAGCAAGUCAGCACGUAUUUGACAAAGAAGAUAUUUGAACAUUUGCAGUUUAUUGUACAGUGCAUGGUAAUUUUUUUUCACCUUAAAAAUUCAGUUUACAGGAAAAUCCUAAAAUCACGUGGCAUUGUAAUGUCUAACAAAUUUGUUUUUAGCACCAGCAUUAUUCAUACAGGGGGUUAAGUAUUAUUUGUAGGUCUUAGGUUUUGUUUGUUUUUUAAUUUGUUAAAGCAAUUUCGUUAGCUGAUUUCCAUUUACUAUGUGAAUAGAAACACUGCUAAAUAUGUGGAGCCCUGAAACACAGGGCUGUUUAUUAAUUCAUUUUUCUGUAGUAAAAUUCAAUUUUUCACAAAUUAUAUUUCUAAAGAAAUAUAGUAAACAUAAAUUUGCAACAAUUUUAAAGCUCCAAUUUUUAGAUGACUCGAAGAACGUCAAUAUGCCUCUUAACAGUUAUUUGACGCCGUCACCAAAAGUCUACAUGCAGACCCUCAAGUCAAAACCCCACGUGCGUGCGGUUCACGGGCAGUUUUUACCUUUAGUGACGCUGCAAGGUCCAGUUUCUCUCCAGGUCCCUACUGAGAGGAAAUGUCACUGGUCAAUGUAACAAACCACUCAUCCUUUCUGUUCCUCACAUGUGCUUUGAUUACACAUCCUUAAAGAUUGCUUUUAUCUCCUUGCAAUAAUUUUUGAAAUCCAUCUACAUCCCGUUUGUUUAAAUGGAGGCCAUGCACACACAAAAAAAAUAUUUUCUUUGUUUCUCUUUUUGAAUUCAAUGCUGACCAUUGAAAACUGUCAUGCUUGAUAUGGUGCAAAAGUUAAAAUGAGCUAUCACUCAAAAUGCCUUCUCUUUAUGUGGUGCAACAUGAACUACACCAAGACCGUGUCUUGAUUUUCUGAGACCUAUGGCAGACCCAGGCGAAGGUGAGACAAGAAGGAACAUAAUGCUAUGAGAUACUUUCGACACCUGCGUACCAGCAGCGAUUUGGUUUAAGAGACCUGUAGCGUCUUUGUUCUCCCUUAGGCUAGACAUUCACUAUGUUCCUGACACUAAAAUGAGUCACAGAAUCUUUUCUGCAUAUUCCUAUACAAAUUAUUUCUAAUUUUACUAAGAAAGACAUGACUGUGGAAUAUUUGUACAUACUUGUCAUUAUGCAGUAUUUAUUUAAAAGUUGGUGUACCUUUUUUUCAUUUUCACAUGUCUGCACCUCGACUUGUGGUUCCGUCGUGUAAAUAGCACAUGCCAGUGACCGUUGCUGCCCUGUACAUACAAUGUUUUCAAGUAAAGGGAAUUCCAGUUGGGGAAAAAUGGGGGGAGGGCAGAUUAGGCCUGUAACAAACACCGACUGAUGUCAAUCAAAUUCAUUCUGGUGAUGGUAUUUAACACUUUAAAUAAACCAUUUUCUUUACA